ACGUCAUUUCCGUGCGCGAAACUGGCAAUCUGGCGCGCUAAAGCAAACUGAUAAACAUGACAAGAAGCUUGCUAACUCGUCGUUAAUUGUUUCGUUGGAUUGCUGUUUAGGUCCUCGCUAACCGUACAAGUAUAACGUUCGCGAUGUUGGCUAACCAAGCAUUGAAAUAGUCUUGUCAUGCUAAUUGCGUACAUACGAAGAAGCAGCCAUUGUCAUCAUGAACAGAACCAAACUGAAGAUACCUAAGGUGACAACAAGGGGGCAGAGAGACAUCUCUACCUUUUUCGUCUGUCCAAAUAAGGAUUUGCCCCCUAAGUCACCAAGAAGCAGCUCUGUGCUCUGCAACAAUGACAUGCCAGCCAAAGAUGAGGGUGUCUUCAUGACUGCAUCUUGCGCUCCUUUAAAGAGGACAAUCCUCAAGGAUCUUGAGAAUCUUCUUCCAUCCUCUCCGGACCUCCUCGUGGUUCCUGAAACUCAGACUAGUCAGGUUAUACCUUCAUCCCCCAGAGGAAGCCAAAAUGACGUGAAACCUGAACCCAGGAGAGAAGCAUCAGCUGUCAGAAAACCUGUCCAGUGGUCCUCCAUCUGUCCAAGUCCUCGCUCCAAAGGACUGAGUGUAAUGACCGAGAGAGAAAGGGGUUCAUCAAAAAGACUCUUCAGCUCUUCUGAUGAGCUCCAUGAUGCAAAGAGGCAAAGAACCGCUAACACGCUAUCGCUCAGCCCUGAGACAGACGGAGACAAAAACAAGAGAGAGGCUGUCUUUACCGCCAUAACAAGGCAGAAGGUGACGGAAAGCAACAUUGUCACAGACCACGUGCACACGCCUGAUGAGCAAGCUAGCAAUGCUGCAGCCCAGAAGCAUGUAUCGAAUGGAAUGGUCGACUCAGUGGGAAAAGAAGAAGCUCUAAAAGCAGACGGAGACGAGCAUCAAGUGAAAAAAUCAUCUGAUGAGAAGCACGUUGGAGGUGACGCAGGCACCACAUCCGUAUUUCCUUUGGAAGAAGGGUUGGAUGAGUUGUGGUUCACAGAGCAGAUGGAUCCAAGUGAAAGUGUUGUCUCAAAAGAGAAACCCCGUAAGUUACCAGAUCAUGUGAUUCUCUGUGGCGGUCUAAACAACCGCUACUGGGUUUUAAACGUGGAGGAGAGGCCGGAUCAAAAACUGCUGACCAUCACACAUUAUAGAUCUUUGCGUCCCACUGAGACAUGUCUUCUGAAAGAUGGAUGGGAGAUGAUGCCCAUUGGCCGUGGCGAUGUGAUCCAUUUGGAAGGUCGCUGUGAUGCAGGAUUCUGGUUGAUAGACAGGGAGCAAGGCCUGCUGGUUUUACGUCCUGAUACGUUGGUUUCAGGCACCAGCAUCUCCAGCUCUAUUCGUUGUAUGAGGAGGGCCGUGCUCGGAGAGAUGUUUAAGAGUUUUGACGGCGGCUCUAAGCAGAUGCUGAACGGUACCAUUGUCCACCAAGUGUUCCAAGCAGCAGCCACAGCUAAGGACUUCUCUCUGGACACAUUGUCCAAGAUGGCCGACGAGGCUCUGCACAGUCCCCAGCACUUGGGUGACAUGUACAGUUUGGGUGUAACUCAGGAAGAGAUGAAGCGGGAGCUGCAUGAUUAUCUGCCCUCACUGGAACAUUGGGCAAAGGAAUACAUCAGCUCGCCAACGCCAAAGACCAUCAGCCUGCAAAUACCAAACAACGUUGGAGCUGCAGGCAAAUUGCAGGAUUUUGCUAGCGCCACAAUUACAGAGCUGGGUGACAUCGAAGAGAAUGUGUGGUCGCCGCGAUUCGGUCUGAAAGGGAAGAUUGACCUGACGGCGCGAGUUCGAAUCCAAAGAGCAAGAAAUGUGAGCUGCAAGCCCUCUAAAGUGGAAACCAUCCCUUUGGAGCUGAAAACAGGAAAGGAGUCCAACUCGAUAGAACAUCGCAGUCAGGUGAUUCUGUACACCCUGAUGACUUUAGAGAGAUACAACCCUGCAGCUGGUUUUCUGCUUUACCUGAAGACUGGAAACUUGCAUCCUAUUGUGGCCAAGCACAUGGACCGCAGAGAGUUGCUGAAGCUAAGGAACACCAUGGUUCAUUACGUCCACAAUUGCACGCAGAAAGGAGUGGAGGGAAGUCGCCUUGCCAGACUCCCAAACAUUUUGACGGACAAAAAGACUUGUCAGUAUUGCCCUCAGAGGAGAAACUGUGCUCUGUAUGAAAGAGUGUUAGAAGGCGCCUCCGCAGACAGCAGUGAUGACUUUCUGCAGGAGGAGACAAGUCACUUAACUGCUAUACAUUUAAAAUAUUUUGCCCACUGGAUGCUGCUGUGUAGUCUUGAAGCUGUCAGCAUGAAAGCCAGGAAUGGCCGAAAGCGAGUGUGGCUCCAGACGCCGGAGGAGAGCGAGAAGAACGGGACUUGUGUCGGCAACCUUCAGCUGAGUGACCACGUGAUCGUGCAGUCAGAGGGAGUUUUCCUUCACCGUUUCCAGCGAGCCAACCGGUCAUGCAACACAAGCGGCCUGACCACCGGGGAUCGCGUCGUCCUCAGUGACCAGGGAGGUCGUUAUGUCGCGGUGGCAACAGGGUACCUGUGUGACGUCAGCGCGACAUCCAUCAGUUGUACCCUGGACAGGGAUGUGUCUGCGCUCGGGAAGGAAAUGUUUCGUCUGGAUUCAGAUGAAGGAGUAAUUGACCUCAGCACUCACCUCACCAACCUCUCCAGGCUGAUGGAGAGCAGUCAGCACAGUAAUCGUCUAAGGGAGUUGGUUGUUGAUCAUCGUCCUCCGGAAUUCAUUUCCAAUCUCAGUUCGGUUCUGCCCAGAGAGGCCAAAGACACCGUGGCAAACAUACUUAAAGGUCUGAACAAGCCGCAAAGGCAGGCCAUGAAGAAGGUGUUGCUGUGUAAAGACUACACACUGAUAGUUGGCAUGCCUGGCACAGGCAAAACCACCACCAUCUGUACCUUGGUUCGCAUUCUUCAUGCGUGCGGCUUCAGUGUGUUGCUGACCAGUUACACUCACUCUGCGGUGGACAACAUCCUGUUGAAGCUCAAACGCUUUAAAGUUGGCUUUCUGCGUCUCGGGCAAGGGCGUAAGGUCCAUCCAGACAUCCUUCCGUACACCGAGGAAAGCAUCCGGAAGAAAGGAGUUCAUACACUGUCAGAACUUGAGCAGCUUUAUAACAAAGAGCUGGUCGUCGGGACCACCUGCAUGGGAAUCAAGCAUCCCAUUUUCUCACGGCGGCGCUUUGAUUUCUGCAUCGUGGACGAAGCGUCUCAGAUUAGCCAGCCCAUCUGUCUGGGCCCGCUGUUCUACGCUGACAGAUUGGUCCUGGUCGGAGACCACCAACAGCUGCCCCCCAUUGUGCACAACCAGGAAGCAAGAUCACUAGGGAUGGAUGAGAGUCUGUUUAAGCGACUGGAGCAUCACAGUGAAGCUGUGGUCCAUCUCAACGUCCAGUACCGCAUGAACAGGCAGAUCAUGUCUCUCAGCAACUGUCUGAUGUACGACGGACUCUUGGAGUGUGGCUCCGAGAAGACGGCGUCGGCCCUCCUAUCUCUGUCCACGCUGCCGUCUGUCCAGUCAGCGCUUGGUUCCUUCUCUGAGACGCAUCCCCAGCAGGAUCUGGCGUGGAUACAAGAUACACUGUUACCGAGCAACCCUGUUUGCUUCCUGGAUUGCUCAAUGGUGCCAGCUUUGGAGUCAGUGGAACAAGGAGGAAUAAGCAAUCGCACUGAGGCUGCCGUCAUCCACCUUCUGCUGUCUCUCUUGUUAAAAGCGGGCUGUAAGGCCAGCGAUGUGGGCAUCAUCGCCCCCUACAGGCAACAACUGAAGACCAUCUCGUCCCUGCUGCAGUCGUCUGCUUUCAGCAGCGUGGAGGUGAACACGGUGGACAAAUACCAAGGACGGGACAAGAGUGUCAUUGUUCUCUCUUUUGUCAGGAGCACCACAGAAGAAGAACAUCUAGGAGAGCUGCUGAAGGACUGGCGCCGCCUCAACGUCGCCAUCACCAGGGCCAAACACAAACUGCUGAUGGUGGGCUCCGCCUCCACGCUCAGACGCUACGCUCCUGUGGAGAAACUACUCAAUCGUCUGGAGCAAGAGAAGAUGAUUAUUCAGCUACCUCCAUCGGGCCACAAAGCCUUACCCAUGAUGCUCCUGUGACAGGAGCAGUUCGGAUGUCUUGACAGUACCGCUCAUUCCUCAAUGAAAUUAUAUUUUUGUAAUUCUUUACUGAUUUAGCUAUAAUAUUUCCAUGAUGAAACAGUAUGGGUUUUUUAGUAACAUAAUUUAACUUUGUGGUAAUGUAAUGUAUUUUUUUUAUCUAUUAUGUAAUUAUAACAACAUUCAAACUGACAAAUGACGCAAAGCCUUAAUUACUGAUCAGUGUUGUCUUAGUCAAUGGAUCAACUGCAAAAAAGACAUGCUUGAAUACAUUUGAGUGAGACAAGUUGAGCUAUGGAUAUUAUUUUGCUAAUAAACAAAAGGAAUGACAAGAAGUAUGCUUCAGGAGGUUCAUUUAGGAAAAACAUUCAAUAAAAAGAUCAGACACUAUGAUGACAUUGAUUCUUUAGGCAGUAAUUCCAAUAUACUUAUUUAUUAACUUGUGAUUUUAACUUGGUUUUUUUUCUUGUAUUGGCUUUUCGUCUAUGAUUUUAUGUGUUGCUUUUUUCUUCUUGUGCGUGUGACCUUGCUUACUAAUAAAACUUGUGAUGAAUUGGUCAA